AUGAAUAACACAAAGCACAGCUUUCUUUGUUCUUUCUCUAUUACCAACUUUUUAUACUAAUCUUUCUUGCAAAAAUGGGCUACGAAUACCUCCUAUUUCUACUAGCAUCUUUCUUUCUCUGUCAACUUGCUUAUUCUUCAUCCCUAACUUAUCUGUGCUCCAAAGAUGAAAGCAUUUCCCUUCUAAAAUUCAAGAAUACGCUUACCGUACAUCCCUCAGCCUCUUAUUACUGUGGUCCGUGGUCUUAUCCAAAAACAAGGUCUUGGAACAUGAGCAGAGAUUGCUGCUCAUGGGAUGGUGUUGUAUGCGAUGAUUUUACUGGCCAUGUCAUUGAACUUGACCUUUGUUGCAGCCAACUUGAAGGGAAGAUUGAUUCGAACAGCAGCCUAUUCCAUCUCUCUCAUCUCCGAAUGCUCAACCUUUCUCUGAAUAACUUCUCUAAUUCUCACAUCUCACCCGAAUUUGGUAAGUUUUCGAGCUUGACCCAUCUUGAUCUUUACGGGUCAGAUUUCUCAGGUCAAAUUCCUUCUGAAUUCUCUCAUCUUUCCAAGUUGCAGUCUCUUAAUUUAGGAAGCAAUGAUAUGCUAUUUGGACCUCACAAUUUUAAAUUGCUCCUUCAAAAUUUGACCCAGUUAAGAGAGCUUGAUCUUAGUGGUGUAAACAUCUCUUCCACCAUUCCUCCAAAUUUUUCUUCCCAUUUAACAACUCUGCAGCUGAGAUAUACGGGAUUGUAUGGGAUAAUACCUGAGAGUAUUUUUCAUCUGCCCAACCUAGAAACACUUGUCUUAUGGGGCUAUUAUCAGCUCAGUGGUGAUUUUCCAAAUACCAAAUGGAACAGCAGUGCAUCUCUCAAGGUGUUAUCUCUCUCUCAAGUUAAUUUUUCUGGUAAUUUCCUGCCUGAAUCUCUUGGCUAUUUGACUGUAUUGCAGUACUUGAUACUUGAAUCUUGUAAUUUGUCGGGGCCGAUUCCGAGAUCUCUUUGGAAUCUCACGCAUCUAGAGGUUAUGGCCCUUGGAGGUAACCAACUCGAGGGACCAAUUCCUCUGUUUAUAAGUGGGCUGCGUAAUCUAAAGUUACUUUUUCUAGGAAAUAACUCCCUGAAUGGAGCAAUACCAUCCUGGGUAUUCUCCCUCCCAUCACUUACUGAAUUAAUCUUGUUUGAUAACCACUUUUCUGGUCAGCUUGAGGAUUUCAAGUACAAUACAUUAGAAUCGAUUUAUUUGGACGGCAACCAGUUGCAAGGUCCUCUUCCCAGGUCACUUCAGAACCUUGUGAAUCUAACAGAACUUCGUCUUUCAUAUAACAAUUUUAGUGGCAAUGUAGAUGUCAGCUUCUUUUCAAAUCUCAAACAACUUAGACUGCUGGUUCUUUCAUAUAAUAGUAUUUCUCUGAUCAAUGAGAAUAAAGUCAAGUCUACCUUACCCAAAUAUCUUGAGUCCUUAUCUUUGUCCGCUUGUGAAGUAAAAGAACUGGAUUUUUUGAGAUCAACAAAGGAGCUUCGUUACUUGGAUCUUUCAAAUAAUAAGAUUCAACGAAGAAUUCCUGAUUGGGCAUGGUCUAAUUGGAUGCAUAUGGAAUAUCUUAAUCUAUCCCACAACAUGUUGACAAGUAUUGGCCAGAUUUCAUCACUUUCUAAUCUAAGAACUAUUGAUUUACGGUCCAAUUCUAUUAAAGGGUCGCUACCUAUUCUGUUGCCCUCUGUAAACAAUUUCUUCAUAUCAAAUAAUAGUCUCAGUGGGGAGAUCCCUUCUUCAUUUUGCAAUUUGAAAUCAUUAUACGUGCUAGAUUUGGCAAGAAACAAUUUAAAGGGAACAAUUCCACAAUGUUUGGGUAACAUGAGUGACUACCUCAAGGUUUUGGAUAUGCAAUACAAUAAUCUUUCUGGGUAUCUCCGAACAACUUUUAGCUCCAGAAGUCAACUCGAAAGCUUCAACUUGCAUGGCAAUAAGGUAGAGGGAAAAAUCCCAAGAUCCUUGUCCAAUUGCAAACAGUUGGAAGUUCUUGAUUUAGGGAACAAUCACCUCAAUGAUACAUUCCCUAUGUGGUUGGGGACUCUUCCAAAGCUACAAGUUUUAAGCUUGAGAUCUAAUAAAUUGCAUGGACCCAUCAGAACUUUGAGGAUUAAUAACUUGUUUCCUCAGCUUCGGAUGUUAGAUCUCUGUUGCAAUGCAUUUACAGCAGAGUUGCCAACAAGACUUUUUCAAAAUCUGAAAGGCAUGAGGAGAAUUGAUCAAACAAUGAACUCACCACGUGAUCAAGCACAAACAGGUUACCAAGAUUCGGUGACUGUUGUAACGAAGGGGCUGGAGCUUGAAGUUGUGAGAAUCUUGUCUUUGUACAGCACUAUGGAUCUCUCAAACAACAAAUUUGAAGGACAUAUUCCUAGUGUUCUGGGAGAACUCAUUUCGCUUCGGAUGUUGAAUCUGUCUCACAAUGGAUUGGAGGGUCAUAUCCCGCCAUCACUCGGAGAGUUAUCUGUAGUGGAAUCAUUAGACCUUUCAUUCAACAAGAUUUCAGGAGAGAUACCGCAACGACUAGCUUCUCUUACAUGUCUUGCAGUUUUAAACCUCUCCCGCAACCAUCUUGAAGGAUGCAUCCCGAGAGGACCUCAAUUUGCUACAUUUGAGAACAAUUCAUAUGAAGGCAACGAUGGAUUACGCGGAUUCCCAGUUUCGGAAGAUUGUGGAAGUAAGUGGGGACCAGAGACAAACAAAGCAGAUGAAGAAAACGAUUCAUCAAUUUUGAGUGAACUCAGCUGGAAAGUGGUUCUUAUGGGAUAUGGUUGUGGACUGUCCAUAGGAUUCUCCAUAGCAUAUCUCAUGCUUUCUUCUCGAAAUCCAAAUUGGCUUUCUAGGAUCGCUGAAGAUUUAGAAUACAGAAUAAUUAUGAGAAGGCGAAAGCUGCAGCGAGGUCAAAUGCAUUACAGAAGAAGAAGAAGAAGAAAUAAUGGCAUCUAGGCAAGUUCCCAGUCGCACAAGAUGUAAUGUCAAAACCUUCAGUUGUAGGCAACGAUUCGGGAGAUGUAAAUGGACAAAGAGUGUGUCUAGCUGAAAUCUCAAGAAUUGGAAGACUGCGUGAGUAGUUUUUUGCUUUUAUAACGGUGAUUAUAGAGUUCUGUGUACCUCUGUUGCCUGUAGUGUUUUGUUGAAGAAUAUCUGUAUACCUUUUGUCAUAUUUUGGGGCCUUGUGUUGUCAAAGUUCAUCUUUGCUAUAGCAGAUUCCUUGUCUAAUAAUAGGUUGCAGAUUGCUGAAGUAAAA